AGCGUGGACACCUCCUGAGUUCCGUCUUGUCAUUCACUGAGUGAGAGCACGCCCUCCAGCGGUCACUCCCAGCCUGGUGGCCGUCCCCAGCAGCAGGCAGGAGGAGGAGGAGGUGGUAGAGUGAGCUGCCUCACACAACCUGGCAGCGCCGGGAAGAAGUUGGAGUGCAGCAGCAGCAGCGAGCGCUGGGUGUGAGUGCUCUGGAGUCCCGGCUGGCUGCUCUCCGGUGACAGUUUCCUGGCCGGCAGCUCCUGUGUGUGACCCAGUGAUGAGACAUUAUCCCCUGUAACCCGGCAGCAUCCGGAGAGGCGAUUACAUGACGCCUGAGCACAGACAGGUGGUUACGAAGCUUGAAAAAAAAAUGUUCACAACCCACUGAAAACACCUUGAAGCGGCCUUAAAGCACCAUGGAAGGCCUGUAACCAACCCUAAGAAGCCCAAUCCAAGUAGAGCUAGACAAGACUAUUAAAAAGGCCAGAGCCGAGCCUUGGAUUAUUUUAUAUAUAGAGUGAAAAAUCUGAAAAUAAAAGGGUCCACAGGUUAUCCACAGGAUAACAGUGGGAUACGACGACUUUCUGCCUAAGAGAUCCCAUGUCGGUGCUACGGGAAUGUAUACACACCACACAGAAGAUGAAUGAGCAGAUGUGUUUACCUGGUGUUCCCCAGCCUAUGUUUAAUGAGCAUCACGGGAGUCUCUGUUACAUUUCCUGAGACGAGAACUGAUUACUAACAAUGGGCGAGGAAAGGAACUUGGGGGUGUCCCAGAAGAUGCUCUCUCCAUCCCGUAGUACGAGCAGCUGCUCCUCAAAGCUGGGCAGUCGCCAGUUUUCACAGGACAGCUGGGAAAUUGUAGAAGGACUGAGGGGCAGCACUAGUUGUACCCUGGAACCACAGAAACUGGAAGGCUUCCUGCUUAAGAAGAGGAAAUGGCCCCUCAAAGGCUGGCACAAGAGAUACUUCUAUCUGGACAAAGGGAUUUUGAAGUAUGCCAAGGGCGUAACGGACAUGGAGAAAGGAAAGCUACACGGCUGCAUCGAUGUUGGCCUGUCUGUGAUGUCCGUUAAAAAGUCAACUCAUUGCAUUGACCUGGAUACAGAGGAACACAUAUACCAUCUCAAGGUAAAAUCUUCAGAGCUGUUUGAGGAGUGGGUGAUGAAGCUCCGUGACCACCGACUGUACCGUCAGAAUGAAAUAUCUGUGUUUCCACAUGAUCUGAAUACUCAGUUUUUCCCAUUGCUCUCAACCACAGAGUCGGCUUCCAGUUUUGAUCCCAUCUCAGCUCCCCAGGAAACUCACUUCGCCAGGCAGAAUUCACUGAAGCUGGCGGGCGGCCUAAACUUUUCCUGUUUAAAUAAUGACACCAAAGUCCCAGCCUGGCUCCAGUCUAAUGAUGAUAUGGAAAAAUGUGCUAAAGACCUUUCACAGUGCCACAGCUACUUGGUGGAAAUUAGUCAGCUGCUUCAAAAUAUGGAGGUACUUCACAGGACAUACUCGGCACCUGCAAUAAACGCCAUCCAGGUUGGUGCCCUUGAAAGUCCCAAGAAAGAAAAAGGUUUUCACAGGAGGAAGUGGCGAACAAAAGGAAUGAAUAAAGACCCUAAAGGUUCCCUACAGGUGCCGUCAACGUUUUCAGGGAAUGUGAGAUUGCAUGCUUCCAACCCUAAUUUGUCUACCAUAGAUUACACAGAGGAGAAGCAAUACUCCAAUGGUUCAGACAGCUCGGAGUUCUUAAAGAUGCAGGACGAUUUGUGUCAUAUUGCACACAAAGCUUAUUUCACUUUAAAGUCUGCUUAUAGCACAGUCUUCGCUGAGCGAGAGAAGCUAAAGCAGUUUUUGGAGCAAGACUCUUCGCCAGCCGCACAAAUUAUGGGCCUGAAGAAUGCCUUAUCGGCGGCUGUAAAACAAAACGCUGAUCUUAAAGAACGCUUACACAGAAUUCACGCUGAUUCUUUGAUCCGUGAUUCAGCCACUAGUUCAAAGUGCAGUCCGGAGAAGGAGAGUCCUUGUGUGCAGAACAAGCCCCUGGUUCAUCAGAUGUCCAAUGAGAGCCGUCUGUCCAUCACAGAUUCCAUCACCGAGUUCUAUGAUGCCCAGGAAGUUUUGCUGUCUUCAAGUUCGUCUGAGAAUGAGGCAUCAGAUGAUGACUCUUAUGUCAGCGAUAUCAGUGAUAACGUAUCAGAGGAUAAUCUAAGCAAUGACAUUGACCAUGAAAGACAAUCACUAGAUGGAGCAUCUGUAGUGGAUGGCUGUCCCAAACACCGAAUGUGUCUUCCUGCUCCGUCCCCAAACACAAGUAACAUCAGCCUGUGGAACAUUCUUAGGAAUAACAUUGGGAAGGACCUCUCCAAGGUCUCCAUGCCAGUGCAGCUGAAUGAGCCCCUCAACACCCUGCAGCGCUUGUGUGAGGAACUGGAAUAUAGUGAAUUGUUGGACAAAGCCUCUCAGACUCAGGACCCAUUUGAGAGAAUGGUUUACAUUGCUACAUUUGCUGUAUCUACAUACGCGCCUAGUUUCUAUAGGGCUGGCAGUAAGCCAUUUAACCCUGUGCUGGGAGAAACCUAUGAAUACUGGAAUGAAGAUAAAGGAUACAAGUUUAUUGCAGAGCAGGUGAGUCACCAUCCGCCUGUGUCUGCUUGCCACGCAGAGUCUGACAAUUUCUUCUUAUACCAAGAUAUUCGGUGGAAAAAUAAAUUUUGGGGCAAAUCCAUGGAAAUAGUGCCAAUUGGCACAACUCAUUUGAUUCUUCCAGGAUUUGAGGACCAUUAUGAAUGGAACAAGGUGACCUCCUGUAUUCAUAACAUUUUGAGUGGCCAGAGGUGGAUCGAGCAUUAUGGAGAGAUCAUAAUCAAGAACACCACAAGUAACACUUGUCAUUGCAAAGUCACGUUUGUAAAGGCAAAGUAUUGGAAUCCAAAUGUGCAUGAGAUUGAAGGGACAGUGAUGGACAGCAAUGGUAAAGUUGUGCAUCGUCUGUUUGGAAAAUGGCAUGAGAGCCUGUUCUAUAGGUCCCCUUCCUCACCAAUCUGCACCUGGAGGACUAAUCCUAUGCCCAAGGACUCUGAGCUGUACUAUGGGUUUACAAGAUAUGCACUACAGCUGAAUGAAAUAGAUCCAAAGACUAAACCGCUGCUACCGUGUACGGACACUAGAUUCAGACCAGACCAAAGAUUUCUUGAAGAAGGAAAUGUGGAUGGAGCUACAGCACAGAAAGAGCGCAUCGAGCAGCUCCAGCGGGAGAGGAGGAGGGUUCUGGAGGAGAAUAAUCUCGAUCACCAGGCUCGGUUCUUCAGAAAAUCCAGUGAUGAUUCGUGGGUGACAAAUGACACUUACUGGCAGCUACGGAAAUAUCCCGGAUUUGCUAAACUGGACUGUCCAAUAUUGUGGUGAUGAUGAAACGGAGCAACCACCUGUACCAAGCACUGUUCAGAUGCACAUUGUAGUAUGUGUAUUAAAGUAAAAUGCUGGAAUCGAA